AGAUCCUGUUAGCUGUAAGUUCAAAGAAGUGUUCAUCGUUUCAACGUACUUUGUAGCGUGAUGAUUCAUGUAAACCGGAUGUUUUGUUGAAAAUUUGAAUCUAUUCAAUGAAUGAAAAAGGUUUCAAACUGCUUUGUUUAGCACUAUGCACCGAUCAUAAUUCUGUAUUGAUUUCAGUAGAACUCUAGUGCCAAUCUUCAACACUAGAUUCUGUGUGAUUUCAUAAACGUUUGACCGUGUAAUUAAAUCAUCCAAUUCAUGUUUUCAAAUUCUUAACAGAGGUAGAAACAGAGUUUACUCUGAAAGAGAAACGACACACAAAACACAUUUUAAUGGCACAACAAGCUAUGCAACAAAAGAAACCGUUCGUAAGUCUACGUUACAGAACUUAUUCAAAUGAUAAUGCUGAAAUGGAAGAAAGUAAGUGCUAAAAUGCAAUGAGGAAAUCCAUUUAUAAUAAUUUUGGUAAGUUUAAAUGACUGACAAUCACCUAAGCCGUUCUCCUAUCCAAUCUCCCAUAGUACAGGAGAAGUAAUGGCUGGUGAAGAUAAACUCUAGAAGGAGGAGAAAUUAUUGAAAACAACAGACAGCUAAAAAGAGACAUCAUUCGUGUUGAGAUAUUCUUAGCAGUACACGUCUUUGCCGUAUAAUUUAUCCUAACCAAAUUUCUUCUACAUUGAUUGUGAAAGCAUUUCAAAAGCAUAACUGUUAUUCUUAAGAGUUCCAAAGAUAAUAGUGUAGAUGUCAGUAAUUAGUUACUUAGCUGUGUGUAUAUGUAUUAAAAAAUUUAAGUUUUCAGUCAAAAAUUAUUAUUCUUAUAGUAGUGAAGCCCAUAGCGUUAGUCUAAAAAGCAACUGUAAAGUAAGGUAAGCUGAUACAUCAUCUUUUGGAGAACUGUUUAUUGAAAAGACCCGCAUAUAUCUAACAUCGAUGAGAAGAAAGAUGGUUUCUAUCCUCACGUAUUUUAAUACCACAUCAUCCAAUAAUAUUCAUGGUAACUAUUUUAGGUGCAAAGACACAGGGCUUCAUAAGAAACCUAAUCAUAAAGUCACAGAUCUCAGCUAGUUAUGCACCCGGCUUAUUUCAGACCAAUAAAAAGCUACACAUAUCUAAGCCAUUAAAUUUAUUUGGCUUGGUUGAAAAGCACGAUUUAUAGAGAAUAGACGAAUCUCUAGGUAAAUAAAAUAUAAAGUAAAAAUAAUAAAGUGCAGACACUUUUUUAAGUUUGUUCUUGAACCACUACACAGCUGUCAUCUCUAACUGUUUUUUUCAAAUGUUAUAACCAGAAGAGAAAAAGAAUAUAAUCAUUAGCAAAGUCGAUAAACUAUCAAUUGCCACUGAAGUUAAAAUCUAGACUCACACUGAAAGCUCUGUUACAAGAAUCAAAGCUCAGAGAGUUAGGUAGCCCUCCACAACCUGAGCUACCAGCAAGAACUGUGCAAGUAUUCUCCAGUUUCAUUCCAUCCUAUGUGGUUAGUAGAAAUUUAUGUCUCUCAUAAAACUGAUCCAACCUUCAAUUGUCACAGCAGUAACAUAUUUUAGCGAUUCUAGGCACACUUUUAUGCACAGUAACAUAGUUUAAAGAGGAUUUCUACACUUUCUUGCUGCGGGAGUUAACAAGGUACGAAAAUAGAACUGUAAGACUUCUCACGAAACCAUAGUGAGUUGUUAUUUCCUUCCCAUCGAGAUUAUCUCCACUUAUCCAGUUGAAGGUAAAGUGAUACUCAAUAUUUCAGUCUUGAGAUUUGUAGGGAUUUAUUGAUUUCAUGAUAGCAUUCAUCACGGACUGUCAUUAAAUAGUUGAACCAAAAGCUGAGUGAAAAGUUUUCGGAAAUAUUUCACAACGUAUCUAUAACCCAUCCAAAUGCCUGCAUACGUAUGUUAAGAAUCUGAUACACAUCACGGCAUAACAGUAACUGAUUUUCCGCUGGUCAUCUCAGCACUAAGUAAAAUCAGGUUAUUAUUCUUCAUGGACUGAAACCAAUGAAUGAAAUCCCCACAAACCUCGAAACUGAGUCAUGUAAGUUGUUAGAUUUCUGCAAACUUCGCCUUAUGGUAGCAAUUACACAUUUAGCCUUAUACUACUUAAUAACAAUCAGUAGUAGUAUUAUACAUAUUCCACGUUGUCUUGCAUUUACUUUUGCGCAUGAAUAUUCGUCAUAUUAUAUAUGCGUUUAGCAACUUCACAAAUCGGAGGAUGAGCUUUUCUUGUCUUCUCCUGUUUGUAUUUUAUCCUUUCCGGUUUCCUCCAUAAGUAUCAUCUCCUGAACCUUUGUUUAUUUUAAUUCCUUCUGUUUAUUCUUUCGCGCACCUUUCACUCUCAACUAUAGCUUCUGUUAACACUAUCUUUUGCUAUCUUUUUAAUGAAAUACUUCUUGGAAAAUGCCUUAGACGAUGUAUCACACGACUAGACAGCCUAUAACAUGAGAUUCAUAAUCUUAAUAAUCAUUAUUGUUACUUUUUAAUGUAGUAUCAACAACAAAUUUUGUUUUUAUUUUUUGUGUUUUCUGCGUAGCAGCAGCGUUUGCCUUGGGAUCGCAGAAGCCUUAUUCAAACAUUUAUUUCUAUACUGGAUUGUUUAUUUGAUAUCGCACACAGUAACACAGUACAAUUUACUGGGUGACGUUUCGAGUAGAGUUUACUGCUCAUAUUCAUAUCAAAUAAACAAUCUAAUAUAGAACGCCCAAGUUUUUCCCUUACAUCAAACAUUUAGCAUUAGAAAUCCAAGACGAACUUGAUGAACUGGUUCAAAGCACUGUAGAAAAAUUCCAGAUGAGUGAGACUUCCAGAUAAACUUGCAAAUUAGCAAGCGGUGUAGAUGUUAGUAUUCGGCUUUGCACAGAUUGCUUUUUUACAUUUAACAAUGGUUCGCUUAUUACCUGGGAGGAAAUUAUGAAGUCAGGACACCUGAUGCCUAUGAUGCGGAUGUUUCCAUAUCCAAGGUGAAUCUGUUGUAGGAAUCAACGGAGCAUCAUAUGAUUUUUGUGAAAGUAUAUCGAUAAGACACAUGCAACUUAUGAAGUGUUUUCAUUUAUUACAGAGAUCGACUCCAAGUUGUAUAACAUUUUGUUCAAAACAAUGAUAUUAGUUUUCAUCUCUUUAGGCGAAAAAUAAAUACUGCUUAUUUCUUACACUUAUUUGGAGGGAGUUAGAAAAAAAGUUCUACUUCAUUUUGCAUCAUUUUGGUAACAUGUGUGAAAUUUUGUUAGAUAAACGACUAAACAAUUUUCUCGUCAAUGUUUAUUUCAGAUGUCGCAUUAUUAGAAAAAGUCAGCAUACCACAACUUGACAAUGAAUGUGAGAUAAUUAACAAUGACAUGGUAAAUUUAAGAAGAUUUCAUCAUGAAAUGCUUUCAGUCUACCAACAGUUUACUCGUGGUUCUUCCUGUGAAAGUGAUGAAGAAAAGUUAAAUGAAGCUUUGGCUAGACUAAGAAUUGACUUGGGGAACUACAAUUGGAAACUGGAAAGGUCCUUCCGUUAUAAAAUGAAGAUUAGCUUGUUUUCCGAUCAUACAGCAAACAAACUGGGUGAUGUGGAAUCAUUCAACAGAAUCAAUGAAUUAUGUAGCGACUUAAUAAAGUCAUCGGAGAGCCUACAGAGUCUCAUCCUGUCCUAUACAAAAUGUUUACUAAAACAUAAAUCGUAUUUUGUCAGUGCAGCUCAAUUCAGAUUUACACAACCAGUCUGUGUACAACAAGAUGAUUGUAUACUAGAGGAAUCUAUAAUCAGUCAUCAAAUCGAUAGAAUAAGGACAUAUCAAACCAAUGUAAAUAAUUCACGGAUAUUACUGAAGGAAGUAGAAAAAAUUAACCAAAGAAUGAAAAUAAUAUUUAAGAUUUUGCUGAAAUCAACUGCAGAAUUUUUGAUUCCAUCAGAUUUUUAGAAUCACAAGUAAAGUGUAUGAUAUAUAUAUAUAUAUAUUUCUAACAAAUU